UUCUUCACUGAGUGAGAGAGAGAGAGAGAGAGAUUACCAAAUGAAAACCCCCAAAAAGGAAGAACAAACUAUUUGAAGAAACAGAGAAAAAACCCCAAAAUCCAAAUCUCCUAAAUCCCCAACAAUGUCUUCCAUAGCCACCAAAAUCCCCACCACCACCAGGUUUCUCCCCAUGCUCUUCGCCACCAACCUACUCUCACGCGCCUCCCUAUCCACCGCCACGGCCGCCGGCACCGAGAGCCGCUCGCAGAAGCUCGAGCGAAUCGCCGACGAGCUCCUCGACCUCACCAAGCUCGAGAGGCACGACUACGCCGUCCUCUUCCGCCUCAAGAUGGGCCUCGACCGCUACGGCCCGGCCGUCUCCACGGCGCCCGGCCCGGCGUCGGGCGGAUCUGGAGAGGCCGGCGCCGGCGAGGCGAAGGCGGCGGAGAAGACGGCGUUCGACAUAAAGCUGGAGAAGUUCGACGCGGCAGCGAAGAUCAAGAUCAUUAAGGAGGUUCGGUCGUUCACCGAUUUGGGGCUGAAGGAGGCCAAGGAUUUGGUGGAGAAAGUCCCCGUCGUGCUGAAGAAAGGCGUCACCAAGGAAGAAGCCGGUCCGAUUAUCGAGAAGCUCAAGGAAUUGGGUGCUACUGUGGUAUUGGAAUAAUAACUCAAG